CCACCGUCGCGGUCAUCCUCGGAGGUUUCCGGGUCCGUUUAACGACUCCUGCGCCACACGUCGGCACGGGACAGGUGUCCGUCCAAAUGACCGGUCCAGCUUGAGAGUGUGGGUUUAUUUUUCGUGUAACACCUUUGAGAAAGAACCACAAUGACAGACAAGUGGAGCUGUCGUCUCUGCUGCAGUCUACUCAACAACAACAACAACAACAGGAGCAGCAGCAAGUACAGCGACGGGACGUGGUGUAUCUUCUCAUGAUAUGUGCUUCCUUAUGGUCUGGGCGGUCUGUGCUUUUGUUACGAGGGCGUCGACCUUAAAGUGAGUUUUGUGUGCUGUUGCGGUUUUCUUAUCUCAGGCCGUUGGAAAUAUUCACAACAGCGGGAGCAGCAGCGCCGUCCCAAGGAGGAGCAUCCCCCUGGUGUUUAUUACAGGAGAGGAGGACGCACUAUCACAAGCCAGGGACUCUACUCGGAGACACACAAGAGCAAACAUGUUUGAGGCGAGAGGAAUCCCCUUUGUGCUGCUCGACAUAGCCUGCCUGGUUCUGGGAGGUCUGCCCCUGGCAGCCUUCAACCUGGGUAAGAUCCGCCCUUAUCAGAGGGGCUUUUUCUGUAACGACGACAGCAUCAAGUACCCUUUCCACUCCAGCACAAUCACCUCCACAGUGCUCUACACUGUGGGCUUCACCCUGCCCAUUAGCUGUAUGGUUAUUGGCGAGUGCCUUUCAGUUUAUCUAAACCGCAUCAAAUCCAAGUCGUCUUUCGGCAGCUAUGUGUCCUCUGUUUACAAAGCCGUCGGUACCUUCCUGUUUGGGGCGGCAAUGAGCCAGUCUCUGACCGACAUAGCCAAGUAUUCGAUCGGUCGGCUCAGACCACACUUCCUGGACGUGUGCAAACCUGAUUGGAAAAAUAUCAACUGUUCGUCAGGGGCUUAUAUCGAAGACUUCACCUGCAGUGGAAACCCAACCAUGGUCAACGAGGGCAGGCUUUCCUUCUACUCCGGACACUCGUCUUUCUCCAUGUACUGCAUGCUGUUCCUGGCUCUCUACCUGCAGGCUCGCCUCCAGGCCGAGUGGGCGAGGCUCCUGAGACCCACGAUCCAGUUUUUCUUGAUCGCUGCAACCAUUUACACCGGAUUGUCAAGGGUGUCCGACUAUAAACAUCACUGGAGCGAUGUACUUGCUGGGCUUCUACAGGGCGCCCUCAUGGCGAUCCUUGUGGUCUUCUUUGUGUCCGACUUUUUCAAGCCUCGUGUCGUCCCCCAUAAAGAGGAAGACAUCCCACACACAACUCUGCAAGAGACCCCAACAAAUGGAAACCACUUUGAGAGUCCAAACUAAGCUAAAAGAAAGGAGAAAGACGAACUGUGCUCUGUCCAAACGCACACCAAGAAUCUCAGCUCUCCACCCGUUCAUCUCACACUCAUUCUCCCAAAACUCCUGCAUGGAUUUGCAACAAACCUGAAUCUGACUUUAAGGAAGCUUGUGGAUGACUGUGCACCCCCCAAAAAAAUCACCUCAGGCCUGUUAAGAUUUUUAGACUUUAAUUUUAGGAAAUUUGCAUCGUCCACCUUUUCUCCAGCUGAAAGGAAAACAGUGAGACUGCCUGUUAAAGAAUUGUAAAUACGCUUUUAAGAGACUGAGAUGGACACAUGUUUGAGGCUGGAGACACUGUGAGAACAGGAACCAACAAAUGAUCAUGUUUGUGUCUACUGAGCUGGUGGGAAGACUAACCUGCACGCGCCCACUAAAGGGUCUGACCACUGCUGAGAGAGAAGAGGGUUGGAAACCUGUGAAUGUAAACUUGCUUUGUGCUUUUCCCUGACCUGGAGUCAGUCUGAUGGAGGAUCUGAUUCAGGGUUUGAGACAUCUCAGUGUUAUUACGUUGCUGCCUUAUGGCCUGGUGUUAAUUUAAAAGGGCUGAUUUAAAAGAGGAGCUUUAGCUUCUGAAGGCUAGAAAGUGCUAGAGGCUAAAGCUAAUCACAUCCUGAGCUGCUGACUCCAGGUCAACACCGCUGACGCCUUUUUUCUCCAACCAUCUAACCUCAACGUGGUCGAGGAAUAAGCUUGCCUCUGAUGUUCGGUUAGAAGGUUGAAGAUGUCAGUCUAAGUCCUGCAUUGCCUUUACUGGACUGCUCCUGCUGCUAUCAGCUCCCUGUGUAUCUACAAACUAAUAGAAACAAGUGAACCACAUCAGACGUGCUUUCAUGUCAUCUGUAUGUAAGAAUGAAUUGCAUACAGACUUUUAUUGAAACAGAAAUGUUACAAGUAUGUACAAAUGUGUGAAAUAAGACAACCAGGAAAGAUAAAGCCAUUUUACUCACUAACAUGAACUCAAAUGCAACAUAAAUGUUUAAUGUAUGUCAUGAGCCUUAAAUUAAAGUCUGAAGUAUGUUGUAUCAUGAACCACUAUUUUCAUGUAAGAAGACAUAAUAAAAGCAUGAAUGCUGAAGUGGGAUCAUGCCAGAAGGAUGCAUCUAUCAGUCAUUUUUACCACAUAUUUCCCACACAUGGCUCAACAGAAUAUAACCACUCACUGAAGUGUUAUAAUUAUAGAACAAACAGAAUGGAGAAGUGGAAGAUGGUUUUCAGACUGAAACCAAUUGAACCAUCACUUUGUGCAAUAAAGUCACAAGUUUAAACCCUGUAUUAAGAUGAAGGAUGAAGAUGUAGGUCAGAAAGAUCAGCCAGGGGUCAAUGAAAACUAAAAAAGUGAAGAUAAAACAUUAAUCAUCCA